GCCCGGGCGGGGAAGAUGACCCGGGCAUCGCCCCUGCGGGCCCUGGGCAGCGGGCACGGCGCUCCGCCCGCGGUACCACCCUGCUCUGCCCCGAGCGAGGCAGCCCCGCAUGCCCGGGGAAGCCGGGCCCGGCUCCCCCCCCGGCGCUCCUCCCCGUUCCCCGGCGCUGCCCACAGGGCGGGGGCGGAGCAGCGCGGCGGGGCCUUCCCGCUGCUCCCCGCGGGGCCGGGCCGCGGCCAUGGCGGGGCUGCCACUGCUGCUGCCGCGCGGGGCCGGGCGGGCGGUGCUGGCGGGGCGGGCGCUCCUCGCCGCCCUCCGGCCGUGCCCCCGCCGCGGCUGUGGGGAGGCGGCGGCGCUGCGGGCCAUGGGCUUCAGCCAGGAGCAGGCCCGGCGGCUCCAGGGGCUGCAGCCCCGGCUCGGCCCCGAGCGGCGGGAGGCGGUGGCGGCGCAGCUGCUGCUGCUGGGGCUGAGCGCCGAGGCCGCCCUGGCGCUGCUGGAGCAGAGCCCGGCGCUGCUGCGGCUGCCCACGGAGCAGCUGCGGGAGCGCGCCGAGGAGCUGCGGCGCCUGGGGCUGGACGGAGGUCGGGGCCCGGCCCGCUGACCCUGUGCCCGCAGGUCGGGGCCCGGCCCGCUGACCCUGUGCCCGCAGGUCGGCUGGAGCGGGCGCUGAGCCGCUGCCCCCAGCUCUUCGCCGUGCCCCGGAAGAGGCUGGCGGCGGCGGUGCGGCUGCUGCGGGAGCGCUGCCUCUUCACGGCGGAGCAGCUGCGGGAGGUGCUGAGCAGCUGCCCCGCCGUCCUGCUGGAGGAGCCGUGCAGCCUCCACCACCACUUCCAGUACGCUUACUUCAGAAUGGGAGUCCGGCAGAAGGAGAUGGUGAAGGCUCGACUCUUCCAAAUGCCCUUUGCCGAGCUCCGAAACCGGCACAUCUUCCUGGAGCGCCGAGGACUCUACGAGACCCCACACAAAGGGCAGAUACAAACCAAUAACCCAAAACUGAAGGACAUCCUUCAGCUCUCGGAGAAAGACUUUCUGGCCAGCCUGGCCUGCUCUACCCUGGAGGAGUAUGAGGUCUUCAAGAAGCUGCUGGCUCGGGAGGAGGCUGAAGAGGGGAAGGAGGAGGAAGUGGAUGCACUAUAUGCAGAGGAAGAUGAUGAUUUGGACAGUGAAAGAAGUAAAACAGCCCCGGAGUGAGGAGGUGAGGCUCCGAGGUGCCUCCCAUGCUGGUGCACUCCCCCACCCCAUUGCAUAGCCAUGGGUGCUCUGGGCUCCCACCCAGCAUCAGCAAGAGCAAUGGUGGCUGCAGGGCCCCAUGUGUGAGGCACCAAUAAAUCCAGUCUAUCAAAUACAA